GAUCGAUGGCAUAAGUUGGCAGAAUUAAGUCGCGAUUGCUUGAAGAAUUAAUGGUUUCUGACUAAAACCAUUAGAAGAACAAAUUGAGCCAACUACAGUUACACGUUUCUUCAAUUCGUGUAUCGACCAAAAAAUUAUCCAGAUCGAACAUGGACGUUCUAGAUCAGAUCUUAUAUGUACUCAAGAUGCUGCCCGGCGCUUGGCUGUGGUUUGUGCUUGUGUUUCUAGUCAGUGGUCUAAUAAUAAAUAUAAUACAGCUUAGUUUACUUCCCUUGUGGUUCAUCAACAAAACACUUUAUAGAUGGCUCAACCUACGAAUUGUUUACUUACACUGGUGUCAAUUAACAUUUCUGGCAGAGUGGUGGGGAGGUGUUAACAUUAAACUGUAUGGCAAUAAAGAAGAUUAUGACAAGCUUGGCUCUGAGAGUGGUAUUUGUCUUGCAAACCAUCGCAGUGAUGUCGACUGGUUGAUAGGCUGGAUAAUGGCUGAUCGAGCAGGAAUUUUAGGAGGUACAAAGUGUUUUAUGAAAGGGUAUUUAAAAUUUUUACCAAUUCUUGGUAUUAGCUGGUGGAGUACUGAGUAUGCAUUUGUUAGUCGUAACUGGAAACACGACAAGACAGUUUUAGAAAGAAGCUUGCAGACUUUAGAGGAUUUUCCUUAUCCAUUUUGGAUUGCCAUAUUUGCAGAAGGUACCCGGAUAACUGAUGAAAAGUUAGAAGCAAGUAUAGAAUAUGCAAAGAAUUCUGGCUUACCCAUAUUACAUCACCACCUACUUCCUAGACCACGAGGCUUUGCAAUCACUGCUCAUCACCUAAAAGAUAAACUUCCUGUUGUGUAUGACAUGGAGAUGGGGUUUCCUCCUGGGAGUGAACCAACUAUGAGAAAACUUCUAUUGGGAGAGGGUUUUGAAGUCCAUCUAUUGAUACGGCGCAUUCCAGUCAGUGCAAUCCCAACUGGUUCUAUUGAAGAAACAUCUGACUGGUGUAGGCAGCUUUACCAGGAGAAGGAUAAAGCAUUGGGGCACUUUUUAGAGCACAAGGAAUUCCCAGCACCAAGAGUUAUCUAUCCACGUAAACUCCACAAUAUUUUUGUUGUACUUGCCUGGCAUUUGCUUCUUUUAUUCCCACUUGUGUCCUACAUUAUAUCAGUCCUUCUCUCUGGAAACAUAAAGAUGCUAUUCAUUGCUUUUGGUGUUGUUAUAUUAGGAUAUCUUAUGGUCAAGGUCUUACUACACGUCAGUGAUUCUAAGAAAGGAAGUAGCUUUGGUUUAAAGAGCACAUCAAAUAAUGUAAUAAAGAAAAAAGCUUAAUCACUUACUACCAAAUGUAGUGCAUUUGUACGUCCAUUACGAGAGCGUUUUCUCGUUUUGUCAUAUAAGUAACCUAGUAAGUAACCUAGCUAGUCUAGUAACCUAGCUAGUCUAGUAACCUUGCUAGUCUAGUAACCUAGCUAGUCUAGUAACCUUGCAUAUCACUAAUCUGUCCAGGUUGGAAUCCUUUCUUAUUUAAAAAAUUAAUUAUUAAAUUGUAACGUGUCAUUCUUGAAAAUAAUUCCUUAAAUAUAUUAACCAUUUUGUAUCCCAUACAUAUGUCUGACACAUAACUACUUUUAUUUCUUUAUUAGUCUUCAUAUUAUUUUAUCUUAAUUCAUUUAAUAAAUUUCCAGAAUAUAUCAGAAUAAAUAUAUCUACUGAUGCA